AUGGCAGAUUCGGAGUCCGAUAGUGGUAAGGAUUUCUUAUUUAAAAGAAGAAGGAUUGAUCCCUAUAAUUUCAGCGAUGAAGAGGAGAAAAAUGAUGAAUCAAGCGCAAGUAAUACCAUGGAAUAUGAAAACGGUACCUUCAAUAUGAGUAAUAAAAGCAAUCCGGUGGACUCAAAACUAUCAAAGAGAUAUGGUAUCGGUGCCAAGUUACUAUCGAAAAUGGGAUAUGUUUCCGGAAAAGGGCUUGGUAAGGAUGGUUCUGGUAUAGCGACGCCGAUCGAGACUCAAAGCCGACCAAUGCAUAAUGCUGGCCUAGGAAUGUUUUCAGAAACUGUUGCCAGCAACUAUCGUAGCGAAGAUGAGGAGCAAUUAAGUUCCGGAGAUGAGAUGGCAGAAGGCGUAAAGCAAGUAAAAUUCAAUAAGACUUCGACCGAGAUUUUAGGUGAGCCACCGUUUCAUGAUUCUGUCGAUAUAACUAUAGUACGAACACUAAGAGAGCUGAAAAUAGCUGGGGUACAAUUACCCGAGAAGAUAACAAAGGAAUUGAACCCUAUAAGUGAAAUACCGAAAUCGAAAAAGGAUGUAUUUUUGAAGACAUUACAAGAACUACUGAAUAUAGAAAAAAGUUUGGAAACUAUUUAUGAUCGUACCUCUCCUUUGGAACUACAAAUUAAAGAAUUAGAUGAGCAAAUGGCGCUCCUCUCUGAUUUAGAAAUCACUUUGAAGGAUGAGAGUAGACACAAUACACUCUUUGACAAAUUUAGUGCAGUAUUAAAAAUGUCCGACGACGAUCUUAUAGACAGAUUAGCUUCUAAUCUAUUGAGCAAAGAACUGCUCAUAGAGUUGGACUGGGAUCCUCUAGAAAACCCAAACAGUAAACUCGACGAACUAACUUUGAUUAUAGAAUUGCUAACAUAUAGAAUGGAUACGGCGUCGAAGUUUUUAAACAGGACACAAACUGCUAUAUUUAAAAUAAUAUAUCCCAAACUUGAGAAAUUUUGGAAAGAAUUUGAUUUAACAAAAUCAAAAAUCGAUAAUACAAUUACAUUGUUACUGGAUUUUGAGCAGGUAUUGACUUUUAUUGAAUGUAAGAAACACAUUAUGGAGCAGUACAUUUAUCCGAAACUGUUAUUUUCGCUGGACAAUUGGGAACUUCAAGAUGAAGAAGGGCUUGUUUCACCAAGAAUCUGGGUUUUAGACUUUAUCGUUCUGAUUGAUGAUAGGACGAGGGAAGUAAUUGUAACAAAGAUCGAAGCCAAGUUUUUUUCUUACUGCCAAAAUUGGUACCAUAGGGAAUCAUUUUGUAUAUCCAGUUCUGAUAUAAUAUUUAUUAGGGAGCUUCUGGGCGAAUCGAAAUAUUAUCAAAUUCUAAACAAGGAACUUCUUCCCAAAUUUCUAGAUGAAUUAUGGGAAAGACAUAACGAUCCUAUAUUUGAAUUAGAAGAUUGGAAAGUAGAAGAUGAUGUUAAUCGUGAAGAAAAAGAAUCAGGCUUCUUUUAUUUUGUAAGGAAAUUGAGAAACUAUGCAUAUUAUUUUCAUCCUAAGCAAUAUGAACUGCUGAUACGAGGAACGUUCAAUAGUAUAAACAAACUUCUUUAUCAAUGGCAUAUCUAUUGUUCGGUAGAAGACUUACACAGGUCCAAAUGGUGGCUUAAUUGGCUAAUCAACGUGAUGUUUAAAGACCGUUUACCGACAGAAGUAGAGCUGUUAGAGAUUAGAAAGAGUUAUGAAAUAUUAGUCAUGUCUGACAGCUUUCAUGUUAAUAGAUCUACCCUAAAUGAAGAUUUUGAUCUAAGAAAAAGUUUGCGAAACGUGACGGAAAUGCAAGCAAUUGGCGAUGAUAGUAAAAUUGAACACGAACCUACUUAUACUAUACAGAACAUUCCGCUUACAAAAGUCUCUAGUUCAUUCAAGGACGUAGUGGAAGACUAUUGCCUGGAAAAAGGUUAUCUGAUUAGUAAACUAUCAAACAGGUAUACUCAAUUGCCAUAUGGCCGGGAUCAAGAUAGUGUGGUCCCUUUGUUUGAAAUUCGAAGCGGAAAGAGAACGGUAGCUGUGGCAAUAAAGGAUGACGUUCUUUGGUUAGAAGAUUCCGACGGAACGUUUACGCCAACUUAUUUAUGGGAGCUAAGUAUAUAA